GUCUUGCCUUGUCUCACGGGCGAUACAGUCGAACGGAAUAGGUAGGCUGGCAGUAUCUACCAGAUAUUCAUCUGUAUAAGUCAUCGUCGCCGCCGUCGUCGUCGUCAUCGUCAUCAGCCGCGGCGCCACCACACCACACCACACCACACACACACACCUCCCGGCACACAUCCGUCGUCAUCCUGGGAUCUACAUUCCUCCGCCCGCCAACUGCUCUCCCCCGGCACGCAGAACCUCGACAACGUCAACACCAGGCAAUAAUCAUCCCGCCCCCCCCCCCGGGUUGGUCUGUCGACGGUCUUUUCAGCACAUUCGUGCUGCCCCGUCCACAGGCGAGAGAGAACAGAGUCAAUCGGCACUCUUUCUGUCCUCCUAUCUUCAUAGAUCGCCAUGGCGCCGCUACUGCGUGUCGCCGCGACGGCGCUCAUCCUCCUGCUGGCGGGCGAACCCGCUGCUGCCGCCUCGCAGUGCGACGACAAGAAGCCUACGUCGAGCCCCGUGACGGCCCCUGGUGUCGCCUACAAGGUGCUGCUCAACGACCUGGCGCGCCCGCGGGGCGUCGUGGCGGAUGCGCGGGGCAACCUGCUGGUCGUGGAGCAGGGCGGCAAGGGCGUGCGGAGGGUGGUCUUGGACGACGGGGCGGGCAUCGACGUGUGCGUCCAGGAGAGCGCGCAGCUCAUUGACGAGUCCAAGCUUAACCACGGCAUCGCCCUGUCCGGCGACGGCCAGACGCUCUUCGCAUCGUCGUCAACGGACGUCUUUGCCUACCCGUAUGACGCCGACAAGGGCACGGCCGGCGCGGGCCGGCGCAUCAUCACGGGCAUGGACCAGGGCGGCCACUCGACGCGCACGCUGCUGGUACCCCGGCACAACCCCAACCUGCUCGUCGUGUCGCGCGGCUCCGACGGCAACAUUGACGUCAAUACGACCGACAUUGCGUCGGCGCGCAGCCAGCUGCGCGUCUUCGAGGUGGACGAGCUGCUCGCGGGCGACGCGGCGGUCCCGUACGCGAGCGGCAAGGUGCUGGGCUGGGGGCUUAGGAACAGCGUCGGCGUGGCCGAGGACCCGACGACGGGAUACAUUUGGUCCGUCGAAAACUCCAUCGACAACAUGAAGCGCGGCGGCGACGACAUCCACAACUCUAACCCGGGCGAGGAGCUCAACUUUCAUGGGCUACCCAACGACACGGCCAGCGACGUCUACGGCAAGAACUACGGUUACCCGGCCUGCGUGGCCAUCUACGACGGCUCCAACGUCAAGGACUACCCGGGCGGCGCCGUCACGGGGAAGCAGAUGGUGGGCGACCAGAUGCCGAGCAAUUACACCGACGAAUUUUGUCAGAAGGAGACGGUGUCGCCGUACGUGACAUUUGGAUCGCACCUGGCGCCACUGGACAUUGAGUUUCAGGACGACGGCUCGGCGGCGUAUAUAGCCAUGCAUGGGAGCUGGAACCGGCAGCCGCCCAACGGGUACCGGCUCAGUCGAGUGUCGUACAGCAAGGGCUUCCCGGCGCGGCCCAAGGACAGCCCGGACGCCGAGGAGCGCAUCAUGUGGAACGCGGACAACGCCGAGUGCCCCAAGAGCUGCUUCCGGCCCGUGGGGCUAGCGCUGGGCGAGCAGGGGCGGCGGCUGUACAUGACGAGCGACGCGACGGGCGAGCUGUACGCCGUGACGGGGUUCCAGGCGUGCGGCUACGGCGGCAUGAAGGUGCAGGUCUUCUACCGGUGGGGGGUGUCGGCGCGGGCCGACGAUACGAGGAUCGAGUACUGCGACGGCGCCGUCUGAGGAGGGAGUGACUGCCUGGCUCUGAUGAUGGCGGCGGGCGGCCCGGUAUUCGAGGACGGUCUUGGGCCUGGAUCGAGUUUUGCGACGAGCGUGAGCAGGAAAAGUAUACCAACCCCUAGGGAGAUGCACGCAACGGAGGGGGAGCGGGAUGGAAACCCCCAUGACCUACAAAGUACAAAGUACAUGGAUAGGAAACUGUACGAAGCACACGCACACUCACGAACACUGUCGCUACGAGAGCAGCAACGAUUAGAAGCAGAAGUGGCCAAACAAUAUUCAAC